CUGCGAUUUAGUAGCAAAGCGAACGUUGAGAUUAGCAUACAACAUGAAGCACUUGAGUUUGAUUUUAAUUUUUACAAUUCUAAGCUGCUUGGCUUGCGUCUACGCAAUUGGCGACCAGUCGCUGACAUUCAAAGGCGUGUGCCAGCUGCCAGGCGAUAUGUGCACAGUUCUUUGCCAACAGCAGGGCGGACGUGAUGGGAGAUGCAACAAGAUGCAGCUUUGCAUGUGCAACCCGCUUUAGAACAACUGUUAAUGCGCUUGUUUAUGGUUAAUAAAAAUUAAAGCAAA